AUGAAGAUAGAAUUUGGCAAAAAUAAAGAGAUAUCUGGAAACACUCAGCAAGAGAAAGUUCAAAUGCCCAAAGAACCAAUUAAGAAACUGGAGAAUAUAAAUCUAGAAGAUCGAUGUGUAGAAUGGACAAAAAAAGUAAAUCAAUUUUGUAUGACAAUAAAGCCAAUAGUAUGCACAAAAUCGAUCGUUACCCAUUCUUCAGCCAAAGAUACAAUUAGACCAAGUGCACAUAUGGCUAUAGAAGUUCAGGAAAUCUACGUUGCAAAUACAAUUGAAGAAGAAACAGUAGAUGCUGCCAAUCGCUAUCACUAUGGAAUUGGACUUGAAGGCAUCGAUAUUGAAAAAGUUAUAAGAAAUGGCUUAACAGCUGAACUAAUUGAAAACAUUUAA